AUGCAUUUGAGCCUACUGCAACGAUCGGCUGCACUGCGAUAUCUUUUGUUCACGGCUCUGCUGCUACUCUGCCAACCAGUACACGCCAUCAAGUUCACUCUGGAUGCCCACCGUUACCCGCCAGCAAAAUGCGUCUGGAACGCUGCACACCCUGGCGCGCUGGUUAUUGUGACGGCCAAUAUUGGGCCAGGGGAAUACCAGCGGAUUGACAUCGAGAUCCUCGACUCAGGCCCGCAGAGGAACGUGUAUCUCAGUAAGAAGGCGGUCAGUGGAGAGAAGAGGUUUGCGAUUACAGCACAUUCUGAGGAGGACGUCGGUGUUUGUUUUAGGAAUUAUCUUGAUCCUGGAGUACCUAUAGAAGCGAAGUCACGUUCACGUAUCAUUGACCUAGAUGUCGACAUAGGCGCUGAUGCCGUUGACUACAACGCUAUUGCAAACCAAGAGUCACUCUCAGGUCUGGAGACAGAGAUGCGAAAGUUAGAAGGUGUUGUGAAAGAGAUAGUUGAUGAGAUGGAAUAUCUGAAAAAGCGAGAGGAGCGCUUCCAGACCACGAACAUCUCCACGAAUACUCGCGUCCAAAGCUUUGCUUGGCUUACAAUAUUGUCCCUCGUUGGUCUGGGGCUAUGGCAGAUUUUUCACCUGCGGGCCUUCUUCAAGCGGAAGUAUUUGAUUGAUUGA